CGGCUUCGAGGUGGUGGGCGGCUACCCCUGGCCCAGCGGCAACACCUACCAGGGCUACUGGGCGCAGGGCAAGCGCCACGGGCUGGGCGUGGAGACCAAGGGCAGGUGGAUGUACCGGGGCGAAUGGUCCCACGGCUUCAAGGGGCGCUACGGGGUGCGGCAGAGCCUCAGCACCCCGGCCCGCUACGAGGGCACCUGGAGCAACGGGCUGCAGGACGGCUACGGCGUGGAGACCUACGGGGACGGAGGUACAUACCAGGGACAAUGGACAGGAGGGAUGCGGCACGGAUAUGGUGUACGUCAAAGUGUACCUUAUGGCAUGGCAACUGUGAUCCGUUCACCCCUCCGAACAUCUCUCUCCUCACUCCGUAGUGAGCAGAGCAAUGGCACUGUUCUGCAUGACAUUGCUUCAGACAGCCCAGCUGGAACAAGAGGUGGAUUUGUUUUGAAUUUCCACAGUGAACCAGAAGCCAUAAGUAGUAAGAAAAGAGGAGGCUUGUUCAGAAGAGGAUCCCUUCUUGGUAGUAUAAAACUUAGAAAAUCUGAAUCUAAAUCAUCAAUAUCUAGCAAACGUAGCUCUGUCAGGAGUGAUGCUGCUAUGAGCAGAAUUAGUUCUAGUGAUGCCAACUCUACAAUUAGUUUUGGAGAUGGAGACUGUGAUUAUUGCCCAAUGGAAGACCAUGUUGAUGCCACCACAACAGAAACAUACAUGGGAGAGUGGAAGAAUGACAAGCGCAAUGGUUUUGGUAUUAGUGAGCGUUCAAAUGGUAUGAAAUAUGAAGGAGAAUGGCUAAAUAAUAAAAGGCAUGGAUAUGGAUGCACGAUAUUUCCAGAUGGCACAAAGGAAGAGGGAAAAUAUAAGAACAAUCUUUUAGUUCGUGGAAUAAGAAAGCAACUUAUACCAUUAAGAAACACCAAAACUAAAGAAAAGGUGGAUAGAGCAAUAGAGGGUGCACAAAGGGCAGCUGCUAUGGCAAGAACCAAAGUGGAAAUUGCAUCUUCAAGAACUGCACAUGCGAGAGCUAAAGCUGAUGCUGCGGAUCAGGCUGCUCAGGCUGCUCGCCAAGAAAGUGAUAUUGCAAGAGCAGUUGCCAGAGAACUUUCACCAAGUUUCUACCAACCAGGCCCUGAUUAUAUCAAACAAAGAUUUCAAGAAAGUGUGGAGGUUAAAGAAAAUCCUGAAGAUAAAGUUAAAGAGAAAACACCUUCCCCCAAAGAAUCACCUCAUUUUUAUCGAAAGGGCACCACGCCCCCGGGGACACCUGAAGCAAGCCCAAAACACAGUUUUCCUCUUCCAUCUGAGCCUUCCCCUACCAAACAAUUGAAAAAGCAAAACUCCAGCUCAAGGGCAAGAUACACCCAAGAAAAAAAGAGUUUAGCUAGUGAGACUGUAACGGCUGUGGUCAAUAAGCCUGUCUAUUCAAAAGCACCUGUGAAGGAGGAGAUAGCAAUGAAACAUCAGCCAAAAGUUUCUGCCUACCACAACCCCAUCAGCACAGAGAAUGGGGAGCUGCAUGGUCAUUACCAUACCUACUAUGUAAAAACGAAUCCAACACUACUUGCACAUGAGCUCAAGGAGGAGGAGGAAGAUGUCAACCCAUCACCAUCAGCACUUACACGAAUACCACCUCCACAGAAGCCAAGUCCUGCCAGAUCUGUGACUAAUCCAGAUGCCAAAGAAAGCAAAUCUGAUAUAAAAGUAAUGAAACCUGAACUUGCUGCACCAAAGAAUUCAGCUAAAAAUAAUGAGUCCCAUUCUUCAGCAGUAAAAGAAGUGGAAAUCCAUUCGAGUCCUAACUCAGUCAUGAUUGCCUUGGUAAUGCUGUUGAACAUUGGUUUAGCCAUUCUUUUUGUCCAUUUUCUAACUUGACUGGAUUUAGAAAAGUGAUGUAAUGACAACUAGUGGUGUUAGCCCACAAUUCUCUGCAGUUGUCUCAUCAGCCUUUUAAAUGGCACCAGUCGUACUCAGACACAGGGAAGGAGGCUUGGAAUUAGGAUGGGACGCAAGAGAGAUGACACUUGGAAAAUUCAGCCAGGGGGCCUGAUCCGUUUCUCUGCUGAUGGUUUGUGGCUUUGGGGUCCUCUGGAAGCUGAAGCAAGCGGCUAUGUUGGAAAACAACAACAAAUCUCCUGAAGCAGCCCAACCAGUGAAGUGCAUUGGCUACUCCAUCUGUUCCAGCAGUGUGACACUAAACUGAAAUGUACGGAGCUGCACUUUUUGUUGAUGGAAGCUAGCAGCUGCCUUACUAUUUUAUCGUCUGAUGUUUUUAGUAGGGAGAUUGGAAAACGACUGCCAGAGGAAUGCAGUCAGAGGAUUCAGUUGCUGUGGAAGUGAUUCCAGCGUUCACUCCUCUCUCAUUAGAAGAAAUAGUUAGCAGCAUCACUCACCAGUCUUAUUCCAUUACCUGCUGCUUUUAACAUCUCCUGCAGUGAUCUAGGAGAUUGAAUUUCAUUUGCUUGUGCAUGAUUCUGUUUUUGCUGUUUGUUAAACCUGAUGUAUAGCCAUAAUUAAGUAUGUAGUGCAACCUGAGGAAAUAUACUAGUUGCAUCUAGCAGCAGACGUUAAAAUCUAUUAUACAUAUAUAUUUUUUUAUCUGAAGGUACAAGAGUUUAAGAUUCAGCAGGUAACAUGCAGUAAUGGCAAAGCUGUCCUUUAUAGUUUCCAAAAAAUACUUAAAUGCUUGUGUCAGAGCAAGCCAACCUAUACUACCAUGAGGAUCUUCGGGCAGUACCAGGACAUUAUAAAAAGGAGGCAGGAUAUCUUGAAAAACGGGAUUAAAGUUUUGCAUGGUUUUUUCUCAGACACUGGUGUAAUGGUAAUUUGAAUGAUUGUAUUAUAAUAUUGAGAUUUUUGCCAGCAGUUAAAUCAAGUCUUGUCCAAGUGGACAUUAAUGACAGUGAGAAAUAAGCAAGUUACUACAUAUAAAAAUCAGGUAGAUCAUUUAGAUCCAUUAUAAUCAUUAUCAGUUUGAUUACUUUAAUCUCUCUCAAGUCCGUAUAUAAUUUUGCUUCAACAAAAAAAGGAAGAACCACAGAAAUUUUCACUUGGAACAUUUGUCUUAAGUAGUUUCAGUCCUAUAUUAUGUUGAUGUGAUCAGUGUUUUUUCACAUGCCAUUACACAAUAAUUAUGUACCCUACAUUACUCAAAAGCAUGAUUCUUUACAUUCAGACGUUUAGGUGGUGUGAUAAUUUUAAAUUAAAAUAUUUACUUUCAAAUAAAAAAGCAAAAGGGCUUGGAAUAUGGUUUAUUUUAUCUCUCUUAGAAAAGAUUUCAUAAUUUUUAGUUUUUGAACAUGUUUGUAAACUUUAUAUUUGUUUGCAUGGUCUAAUGGAGAAGUUUCUUAAAAGCUACAUUAGGUAUCUUUCGAUGCAGCACAUAAAGUAACAUAGAUAUGGAAUGAAUAUUAUGUAUCCUGAAACAGCUCAGUUCAGGGCAAUAAUAUGAUGGUUUUUUGCAGAAGUAUGUUGAUAAUCCUGUGGUUUGACCAGUGUGGAAUAAAGAAGAAAGCAGAAAGAGAGCAAAUGAAAAUAACUUGUAUAUUUAUUUAUUUUUUAAAAUAAAAAAUCGUGUUUUACUUUUAAAUUUCAGAAAAUUUUUAAAUGAGAACACAUUUUAAGCUUACUUGUAAGCUUUGAUGCAAGGGAUAAAUGCUCCUGCCCACCUCAUGUCUCCUUACAAAAAGAGCUAAUUUUGUAACUGACAUUUAAUUCUUACUCAAUGUUUAUUUAAAAUACUUUAUGCUCUGAAAAUAAUGGGGCAACAAUCAGCUUCUGAAAAUGUUUAUAAAUUUAAGCAUGUUAGUACAAUUUAUAAAUAUGUAUGAUUUAUAAGCUUUUCUAAAACAAAGCUCAGAAUUGUUGGUAUUUUUCUAAAAUGUGCAAAGCUGUAUUUUACAUGAAAGGCUAUUUAUAAUUGGUUGUUAUACUGUACACUACAUUUCGGACAGCACAUGAAGCCUGCCAAUGUACUUAAUAAUGUCACUUUGUCUAUUUUAAAGUUUCUUGCUGUGAAAAAAUGGAACUCUUUAUGUAGGAGUUUCUCUAUUUAUAAGUCUUGAACCCAAAAUGUAUAAUGUACAUUUUCCACAAGUGAUUUGCUCUAAUAAAAAGUUGGUUACUAAGAGUUGUAGGUGGGUUUUGCUGUUCAUGUGAACAGUAUGCUACAGAUACUUUCCCUGUAAAAAAAAAAAAGGGUCUUCCAUACUCAACAAAAGAGAAAUCUGCCAGACAGUAGGCAGAAGCCUGGCUCCUUGGAAGUCUAUGGGAAUUUGGUCAGGAUUUUACCGAAGGAAUGUCUCACUUCUAGGGUUACCAGGUGGCCAGUUUUGAACUGGACAGUCCAGUAUUUGAGCUUUCU